UAGGAGAGAGAGACUGAGGAAUUUAAUCUGUGGGAGGUAGGAGAGAGAGACCGAGGAAUUGAAUCUGUGGGAGGUAGGAGAGAGAGACCGAGGAAUUGAAUCUGUGGGAGGUAGUGUAGUGUAAUUACGGAGUGUAUAGCAGACCUGCUCCACUCCGUACCAAACCUGCCACAUCACUAUGGACACAAUGGAAUAUAAGACACAUUUAACCGUUUUUACCCUCUUCUGUGUCCUGUCGAUAUGCUGGUGUGCCCCUCAACGGUUCUGCCAGCCUGGAGAAGACAGUUCGGGAAGAUGCAACAACGGUCCUGAUGAAGAAAAACCAGCAGUGUGUUCAGAGAUUAACCUGGGUUACUGCAACGACCUGGACUACUCCAGGACCAUCUUCCCUAACAUCCUAGGUCAGCAGUCUCGUCACGAGGUGGAGUCUGGAGCUGAGUACCUCCUCCUCUCUGUGAUCCACGGUCUCCUCAACGGGGAGUGUUCCCCCGACAUCCGUCUGCUGGGGUGCUCCGUACUCGCCCCGCGCUGCCAAGACCUACCCAGCCCCGCACCUGUCAAGUCAUGCCGCAGUGCAUGUGAGGCGGUGAAGAAGGGGUGUGGCCACGCGUUCGAGGGCAUCGACAUGGCGUGGCCUUACUUCCUAGACUGUGACCGAUUCUUCGCCGGCGAACAGGAAGGCUGUCACGACCCGUUGGCCCCGUUAAGAGCCAGACAUGAAGUGGCUUUCUCCAACCUGUCUCCAGACGAACCCUCCACCAUCAUUCAGUUCACGUACCACUCCAACGCCCAGAUGUACAGCGUUCUGAAGAGGACUGCUGCCAAGUGCUCUCACAUCUCCCGCACCUACAGUAUCGGACGCAGCACAGAGGGGAAAGACCUCCUGGCCAUAGAGUUCACAGACAACCCCGGAGGGCAUGAACUAUUGGAACCGGAGAUCAAGCUGGUUGGCAACAUGCAUGGCAACGAGGUCCUGGGUCGUCAGUUGCUGCUCUACCUGGCCCAGUACCUGUGUUCCGAGUAUCUCCUUGGCAACCAGCGUAUCCAGACGCUCGUAAACACCACGCGCAUCCACAUCCUGGCAUCCAUGAACCCCGACGGUUACGAGCUGGCGGCCGCCGAGGUAGAGGAUAGCAACGACCCGGAACAACAACCACACCACAACCAGGAAGGUCACGAGUUCAACGGUUGGACGGUAGGUCGCACCAACGCUCAGAACCUCGACUUGAACCGGAACUUUCCUGACCUUACGUCUAUCCUCUACCGGAAUCGCAGGAUGAAACGGUUCCGCACAGACCACAUCCCCAUCCCAGACUCUUACUGGUUUGGUAAGGUAGCUUCAGAGACCUAUGCAGUGAUGAAGUGGAUAAGGUCUGUGCCGUUUGUCCAGUCUGCGAGCCUCCAUGGCGGAGAGCUGGUGAUCUCUUAUCCCUUUGACUUCUCUAGACACCUCCAUGAAGAGAGGAUGUUCUCCCCUACACCUGAUGAACAGGCAUUUAAGCAGCUGGCCCGGACAUACGCAGACUCUCACGCCAGCAUGGCCGACAACAACACGGAGAGGUGUGGAGCGUCCUUCAUCCGAAGUGGAGGCAUCAUCAACGGAGCUCUGUGGUACAGCUUCCCAGGGGGCAUGUCAGACUUUAACUACCUCCACACUAACUGUCUGGAGAUUACAGUGGAGCUGGGCUGUGACAAGUUCCCUUCUGAAGAGGAGCUCUACCCAGAGUGGCUCAGGAACAAGGAGGCCCUGCUCAGUUUCAUGGAGUCGGUCCACAGAGGUAUUAAGGGAGUGGUGAAGGAUGAAGAGGGCUAUGGAAUAAAGGGAGCAUCCAUAUCUGUCAGGGGAAUUCGUAAAGAUGUCACCACAGCGGAGGAAGGUGAUUACUGGAGGUUAAUGAACUCAGGAACACACAUCAUAACAGCAUCAGCUAAAGGUUACUCCAGAGUCAGCAAGAGAAUUUACCUGCCUGCUCACAUGGAAAAAGCUGGCCGGGUCAACUUCGUGCUCAAAAAGGUCCCUGUUCAGCCAGUAGGACCAGACUACCACAUGUUCCUCAGCUCCUCCCUGGACACUUAUGACCGCUUCGACCCUUACAACCACUUCCAGAGCUACAGCCGCUCCGAGCCGGGAGAACCGAGGGAACCCAGGGAACCCAGGGAACCGGGGAUGGGAGGAGAACCGGGGAUGGGAGGAGAGGGACAGGAGAAACCGUGGUGGUGGAACUACUUUACUCAGGCAGGAGUCUCUGCUCCCACCUGGCUGCUACGGAACUUCUAGAAGAAUGGACUGGAUAAUGACUGAAACGGCACACUAUUCCCUAUUCCCUUAUUCCCUAUUCCCUUAUUCCCUCACACUAUUCCCUUAUUUGGUGCACUACAUUUGACCAAAGCCCAAGUGCAUUGUGGGGCGGCAGGGUAGCCUAGUGGUUAGAGCGUUGGACGAGUAACCAAAAGGUUGCAAGUUCAAAUCCCCGAGCUGACAAGGUACAGAUCUGUCGUUCUGCCCCUGAACAACCUACUGUUCCUAGGCCGUCAUUGAAAAUAAGAAUUUGUUCUUAAACUCACUUGCCUAGUUAGGUAAAAUAAAAAUUAUUUGUAGUUUGCAUCCCAAAUGGCACCCUAUUCCCUAUAUAGUGCACCCUAUUCCCUAUAUAGUACACCCUAUUCCCUAUAUAGUGCACCCUAUUCCCUAUAUAGUGCACCCUAUUCCCUAUAUAGUGCACCCUAUUCCCUAUAUAGUGCACCCUAUUCCCUAUAUAGUGCACCCUAUUCCCUAUAUAGUGCACCCUAUUCCCUAUAUAGUGCACCCUAUUCCCUAUAUAGUGCACCCUAUUCCCUAUAUAGUGCACCCUAUUCCCUAUAUAGUGCACCGUAUUCCCUAUAUAGUGCACCCUAUUCCCUAUAUAGUACACCCUAUUCCCUAUAUAGUACUCCCUAUUCCCUAUAUAGUACUCCCUAUUCCCUAUAUAGUCAAAAGUAGUGCACUGUAAAGGGAAUGGGUGCUAUGUGGAAUGUCUCCUACAAGUAGAGGCAUGAAUUGAUUCUCAAUCUUUUUGGGGUUUCUGUCCCCAUCACAUGUAGCUCUGGCCGGAGUACCACCGACGUUCCCCUCAUGUUACCAGAAGGCCUUAUGUUCUGUUUAGGCUUCCUGUGUAGAUGGGCCAGGUACCCUGUCCACCAGGGGAACACCUACCGCCACUAUGGACAGGAAUCUGAUCAUGUGUUGUGUCCUGACUAGGAAUGAUUCUGGGCCCCCAUUAACAUAUUGGGUGUUCUAUUGUGUUUCAUUAAGACAUUCUGUCUUCCUCAGUGUUCUAUUGUGUUUCAUUAAGACAUUCUGUCUUCCUCAGUGUUCUAUUGUGUUUCAUUAAGACAUUCUGUCUUCCUCAGUGUUCUAUUGUGUUUCAUUAAGACAUUCUGUCUUCCUCAGUGUUCUAUUGUGUUCCAUUAAGACAUUCUAAUCACAACAUUCCUCCUCUGAGUUCUGUCUUCCUCAGGGUUCUAACAAUGCUUCUGUUUCAAUGUCUUUCUGUCACAAAAAGUGGACUUGUGGAUCUGACAGGUUGGGACACACACACACACACACACACACACACAUACAUACCCUAACACACACACACACACGCACACACACACAAACACACACACACAAACCCUAGCACGCUAGCACACACAUUUGUCAUUUUAAAGGAUUGGGGGCAAAUUCUAAACACACAGGCAGCUUGUGAUGACUUACUGCCUUCAAGACUCAGCAUGUCUAAAGAUACUCCCCUCCUCCCUACUCUCCUCUCCCCCUCCUCUCCUCUCCCCUCUCUCCUCCCCCUACUCUCC